ACGAAGCCGGAAGUAUCAAUGAGGAUCCCACGCAUUGAAAAGUCCACAGACAAGUGCUAGCUAAAGUUAGCGUUACUAAUUAUUGGGCCGACCAUUCUAUUUAGCCGUUCAGGCUCUCGGCAGAUAUGCCUUCAUUAAAUGGAAAACCCGAUGUUGUGUUUGAGGACGAUGAUCUGCCGUAUGAAGAGGAGAUUAUCAGGAACCCAUACUCAGUCAAGUGUUGGAUGCGUUACAUCGAAUUCAAACAGAAUGCACCCAAAUCCACCCUCAACAUGAUCUAUGAACGGGCUCUUAAGGAGCUGCCUGGCAGCUAUAAGCUGUGGUACAGUUAUCUGAGGGAAAGACGGAAACAAGUCAAAGGGAAAUGUAUCACUGAACCAGCCUAUGAAGAAGUCAAUAAUUGCCAUGAAAGGGCACUGGUGUUCAUGCACAAGAUGCCUAGAAUAUGGCUUGAUUACUGCCAGUUCCUUGUGACCCAAUGCAAGAUCACAAGAAGUCGGCGAACAUUUGACCGUGCACUCAGGGCUCUUCCUGUUACUCAGCACCCACGCAUCUGGCCUCUGUACCUCCGCUUUGUCCGUAACCUGCCCCUGCCUGAGACAGCUAUCAGGGUGUAUCGCAGGUACCUUAAGCUUUCUCCAGAGAAUGCAGAGGAAUACAUAGACUACUUACGGUCUGUUGGCCGCUUGGAUGAAGCAGCUGUGCGCCUAGCAACUGUUGUCAAUGACGAAAGCUUUGUGUCCAAAGAGGGCAAGUCUAACUAUCAACUGUGGCAUGAGCUAUGUGACCUGAUCUCCCAGAAUCCUGAUAAGGUGACCUCUCUGAAUGUUGGAGCCAUCAUCCGAGGAGGCCUCACUCGCUUCACAGACCAACUUGGAAAACUUUGGUGCUCUUUGGCUGACUAUUACAUCAGGAGUGGCCACUUUGAAAAAGCCCGUGAUGUGUAUGAGGAGGCCAUCCUCACAGUGGUAACAGUAAGGGAUUUCACACAAGUGUUUGAUAGUUAUGCCCAGUUUGAGGAGAGCAUGAUUGCUGCCAAGAUGGAGACUACUGCUGAGAUGGGGCAGGAUGAAGAUGAUGACAUAGAUCUGGAGCUUAGAUUGGCUCGCUUCGAGCAGUUGAUAGCCCGGCGUCCCCUCCUCUUGAACAGUGUACUACUGAGGCAGAAUCCCCAUAAUGUCCAUGAGUGGCACAAGCGGGUGAAAUUGUAUGAGGGAAAUCCACGGCAGAUUAUCAACACAUAUACCGAAGCAGUACAGACUGUGGAUCCAAUGAAGGCCACAGGGAAACCUCACUCUCUCUGGGUUUCCUUUGCUAAAUUCUAUGAGGAAAACGAGCAGCUGGAUGAUGCCAGGACAAUCUUUGAGAAGGCUACCAAGGUGAACUACAAGCAGGUGGAUGAUCUCGCUGCAGUGUGGUGUGAAUAUGGAGAGAUGGAGCUGCGCCACGAAAACUAUGAACAGGCACUGCGCAUACUGAGGAAAGCUACAGCCAUCCCAUCCAAGAAAGCAGAGUACUUUGAUGCAUCUGAACCAGUCCAGAACAGAGUGUACAAAUCCUUGAAAGUCUGGUCUAUGUUGGCAGAUUUGGAGGAGAGUCUUGGCACCUUCCAGUCUACAAAAGCAGUGUAUGACCGUAUUAUUGACCUCCGCAUCGCAACGCCACAGAUCAUCAUCAAUUAUGCCAUGUUCCUUGAAGAGCACAACUACUUUGAGGAAAGCUUCAAAGCAUACGAGCGUGGUAUAGCUCUCUUCAGGUGGCCAAAUGUUUAUGACAUCUGGAACACUUACCUCACCAAGUUCAUUGAUCGUUAUGGGGGAAAGAAGCUGGAGAGGGCUAGAGAUUUGUUUGAACAAGCCCUGGAUGGCUGCCCUGCCAAGUUCGCCAAGACCAUUUACUUGUUGUAUGCCAAAUUGGAGGAGGAGUAUGGAUUGGCACGACACGCCAUGGCUGUCUAUGAAAGAGCAACACAGGCAGUGGAAACUGAAGAGAGACAUCUCAUGUUCAAUAUCUACAUCAAGAGAGCAGCUGAAAUUUAUGGAGUUACCUAUACCAGAGCAAUUUACCAGAAAGCUAUAGAGGUCCUUCCUGAUGAGCAUGCAAGGGACAUGUGUCUGCGAUUUGCUGACAUGGAGAGUAAACUGGGUGAGAUUGAUCGGGCCAGAGCAAUCUACUCCUACUGCUCCCAGAUCUGUGACCCAAGGGUUACAGCUAAUUUCUGGCAGACUUGGAAAGAAUUUGAGAUCCGCCAUGGAAACGAGGACACCAUCAGAGAAAUGCUGAGGAUCAAACGCAGUGUCCAGGCCACAUACAACACCCAGGUCAACUUUAUGUCCUCUCAGAUGCUGAAGGCCACAACAAGCUCCACAGGCACUGUAUCAGAUCUUGCUCCAGGCCAAAUGGGAAUUGAUGACAUGAAGAUGCUGGAGCAGAAGGCACAGCAGCUUGCUGCAGAAGCAGAGCAGGACAAGCCAAAGCCCAAAGAGAAGAUCCUCUUUGUCAGGAGUGACACCUCUCGCAGUGAGCUGGCUGAGCUUUCCAAACAAGCCAAUCCUGAUGAGAUCGACAUUGAUGAUGAUGAUGAGGAUGAAGAUGAAGACCAAGGACCAGAUGAGGUGCAGCUUGAGCAGAAGAGUGUCCCCACAGCUGUCUUUGGGGGGCUCAAAGAUGACUGAAACAUACCUUUCUCACUGAACUUUAAAAAGAUGUAGUUGUCUGAUUUCUCUUGUAGUCACCGAAUAGACUUCAUUUGAAAAACAGUCAGAGUGGCAGCUUUUGUGCCUUCUAUUAAUCUUCCCUGUGGAUUUCUGUAGUGCAGUAUAAAAAGAAAUGAACCUCUUAGUUUUGGCCACAUGGUGUCAGUCUUUCUCAAGAUAAUUGUGCAGAUGAGCAGUUUUCUUUUAUGAAAUAGUCAAAUGUGGUAACGUGAUAACUGUAACUGAAGUCUGAUGAAGUUUGACUUUGUUUCUGAACAACAUUUUGUAAAAGAAUUAACAGUGAUAACACUUUUGUACACUUAAUAAAUGCAGAGGUCUUUCUCAGACAGGAAGCUCUGCCCUAGAAAACAUAGGGGAGGAGCCUAGUUUCUUGGACAGGGAGCAUUCAUUUGAAAGUGGAGCUGAGCAUUCAAGCCUUGCAUUGUUGGCUUGAGGAUCACUAUUAGGUGGGUGCCUUGUGAAGCUCAGUGUUUCUGAAAAGAUUUCUUGUAUACUUGUAUACUUGUAUACAUAUCUUACUAUCCAAAUAUGAAAGUUAUGCCCUAAUUGUACAUUUAUUAUUGUACAAGUAGACUCAAAGAACAAUUUGUACAACUGAUGAUAACAGGAGGUAUAUCAAAAUUUUGGAACCAACAUAAUUCAGUUAACCUGCUGUAGAUGAUAAUUUAGAAAAGUUCCUAAUUCCCAAUUUUGUUAUAGUUGCCGGUGUUUACUUGGCUCACUUAUCACUUGUGAGGCUGUAAGUGACCAUGCUAUAGACAUGCCUUUCAGUCAGCAUCGGUCAUGGUCUUCUUGCAACCCAGUACAGUUUAUUACAGCUUUUGGUACACAAGAUUUUUGAAAGUUUUCUUAAUGUCACACUGCACAACUUUGUGGUGUUUGUGAAUUAUGCACCAGCAAUUCUGCCUGUGUCUAGCUGGUCUCUUUGAGUCUAUGAAACUUUCUUUAGAAUAUCUUGAAAAUGCUGUUGUAAUAAAAAAGGACUUGUGAUAAA